AUGUUCCCUGCCACCAGUCUUCUCAGUAUUAUAACCAUCGAUAUUCGAUUUCACUUUCUGCUGAUUACCCUACGGUCUUUGUGCACAAUCCUAUCACCCAAUGUGUUGCUUACUCUACGUCUCAUAGGAUCACUCAUGGUAGCCGCCGGUUGCUCUGAUCAAUCUAUACGGUUGUAUCAAUUUGUGGAUCCCUACAAACCACAACUAUCAGAAGUCCUUCACGCACACGACGACAGCGUCAACAGUGUAGCCUUCAGCCACUGUGGUCUGAAAUUGGCCUCGGGGAGCUCGGAUGGAGGAAGUUGCUGGCUCUGGCGCCUUCAGGCUGGCAAAUGGCGCAGCUUGGUUCUGUCGUUCCGUAAACGUUUUGCAUCCCUGACACUAUGGUCCGCGUUUGACAGUCUCUUCGCUUUCAAUAGGGGGGGGGGGGGGGGGGGGGGGGGGGGGUAUAUUAAAAAUAUAUGUUUUUUUAGUGGUCAUGAAGGAGCAGUACACGCAAUCGCUCCCUCGCCACUGGACGACGACAUCCUGGCUACCGGUGGAGUGGAUGGCCGUUUUCAGUUGUGGAACAUUCGACUCCAUCGCGCGCUUGUUUCCACCGAAUCGGAAGGCUCCAAUCCAAACAGGGAACACGAAUUCCAUCCGCUUUUGUGCCAUCAUCGUUUCCACCCUUGCGAAUUCGAUCCAGAGGUUGGUCUCGUCUGGCAUCCCUUAGGCCCAGGCGAGGACGCCUCCAUUUGGACAUACCCUAAUGGGAGCCGACGCUCAUCACAGCGCGAUCAGGUCGCUUCCAGCUCGUAUCACCGCCCAGGCGGACAAACGGCACGAGAUUCUGCGUCACAAGGCCAACUGGGAGUGCUCCCAUCCAUCAGUGGGUCUUUGAGGCAACAGCGCAUCACGGCAUGUCGCGCCGUGCCAACCUGCGAAGGUGUCGGUUUCUUGGUUGUUACCAAAAGUGGCCUGUUGUCAGUGUUUCGUCCCGAAGAGGCUAGCCUUGACAGCCAAUCAUUCCAAAGUCAGACCCGUCCUAACAUCUGCGACGUAGAUGAGCAAUUUUUCCACUGGGAACUUGAUACUGCAGAGUGGAAAGAAGUAUGCCACAACACCCCCGAUCUGGUGACGCGCAUCACCCUAGCGCUUGGUUCGCCUACGGCACCACAAUCGGUGGCUGGCUUAAUGGCCUCACGUUAUGACCGGACGGGGCGGAAUUCUCGAAUCACCUCUGGUAGUAACGUCUCUGAGUCUCGUGAAAACCAGUCAGAUGCUGGGACAUCCAGAGCUGGUACCCCGCGAAACAUCUACCGACCGCCACCGAGCGUGUGCUUCGAGAUUGUCCACGCACCAAGCAAGGUGCCCUUUCAUCGCCUCCCGCCACCAUACCUGACCAAUCUGCGCGGUGCUCCCUUGCCACCCAAUCAACAGCGCAAUGUGCCUGGCCGAUCAAAUCUACGGAACCAGUUGGAUCUCCUCCCAUCUGUCGCUAUUGACGAGGAAGUUGGCGCGGAGGUUGUGGUGGACGAUAUCCAGUUCUGCUCCAACAUACCCUCAGACUAUUGUCCCACACCGGUUCUGUGUUCUUCCCGUCCAACUCCUGGCAAGCAAUACCUUUGGGAAUCGGUUUGGCUCAACGGUAGCACUCCAUUGAUCGAUUCUCUGUCACCAAGUGAUUUAAGGUAA